UCGUUCACCGUGCCUCUCCCGAGUCUCAUCAUAACAAUGCGAGUCGCAGUUGUUGGCGGCGGGGUUGUUGGGAUAACAACUGCCCUGCAGUUGAAAGGAGAAUUGAGAAAUUCUGAUGUCACUAUUUAUGCUGAGAAGUACGAGAAUAUCGUCAGUUAUGUGGCAGCUGGGCUAUUCAGGGUCGGGAAGUCAUUCUCUGGACCGAGCGAGGAGAUAACGAGAAAUUGGGUGAACGAUUCUUACGAGUUCUACGAUGGAAUUCGAAAAAGUCGAGAGGCUGCUAAUGCCGGAGUUGUCGAAAUUUCUGGGUAUAUUUUCUCUAAUGAGGGACCGAACGCUGUCAAGAAUCCGUGGAUGGAGUCGUUGGUCUCAAACUACCGAAGUGUCACCGAGGAGGAGCUGAAAUUACCCGGUAAUAAUUGGAAAUAUGGUGCAUAUUUCACAACGCUAAUCACUCAAUGCAAAUGGUACAUCCCAUGGGCGAGAAGACAACUUGAACAGACCGGCACGAAAUUCUACAAACGAAAAUUAUACAACGUGAAUGAAUUAAUUGACGACUAUGAUGUCAUAAUAAACUGCGCGGGUCUGGGGGCUACAGAACUCAGUGGAGACAGACGAAUGGUUCCCAUGAGAGGACAAGUACUGAAGGUGAAAGCUCCAUGGCUAAAGACUUUCUUCUACGGCGAAUUGGAUACGUACAUCAUCCCCGGAAUAGAUGGGUCCUGCACUCUGGGUGGAUCCAGGAAUUAUGAUUCUACGAGAAUGUCUCCGUGUGCCCAUGAAACUAGAGCCAUUCAUGAGAGAUGCACUAGUCUCGUGCCUUCACUCAAGAAUGCAGAAGUGAUCGAGAGUCUAGUGGGGCUUCGGCCACAUAGAGACGGAGGGGUCCGAGUGGAAAUUGAAAAAAUUUCAAAUGGACGUCGAUCUGCUACUCUUGUCCACAAUUACGGCCACGGUGGUUACGGAGUCUGUACAGCACCCGGCACAGCCAAAUACGCCAUAAAACUCGCUCAAGACGCUCACCUCAACACAUACUCAAAACUCUAACCACAAUAAAGCCAAUGUAAUCAUUCCAACAGUUUAUCAAAAUGAAAAUUAGAAUAACAAUAAAA